AUGCGGCCACCGCGCGGCGGAGGUUUCAGGGGGAGGGGCGGCGGAGGAUUCGGAGGUCGCGGCGGGGGUUUCGGCGGAAGAGGCGGCGGAAGAGGCGGCUUUCAACGGGAUGAGGGGCCGCCGUCCCACGUUGUGGAGGUGUCGACGUUCAUGCACGCGUGCGAGGGCGAGGCGGUGACGCGGCUGACGGUGGGAGAGAAGGUGCCGUACUUCAACGCGCCCAUCUACCUCGAGAACAAGACGCAGAUCGGCAAGGUCGAGGAGAUCUUCGGCCCCAUCAACGAGCCGUAUUUUUCGAUAAAGAUGCAGGAGGGGGUGGUGGCGACGUCCUACUCGCCGGGGGACAAGUUCUUCAUCGACCCCAUGAAGCUGCUGCCGCUGCAGCGCUUCCUACCGCAGCCCAAUGCAGGGGUGCCAGUGCAGGGGGGAGAGGGGGCUUUGGAGGCCGGGGAGGCAGGGGGGGUCGUGGAGGGGGGCGAGGGGGAUUCAGGGGAGGGGGAAGGGGUGGAGGAGGUGGGUUCAGGGGGAGAGGGGGAGGGGGAGGGUUUCGGGGUGGAGGGGGGGGAUUCAGGGGGAGGGGUGGUGGUUUCCGUGGUGGUCGUUUUUAGGGUGGCAAGUCAAUGCGUGCAUGUGUGCCUCAAUAUUCGUCUCUUCACGCGCGACGCCGUCCCGCCCGCCGCCAUGGACGCUCCCCCUUCCCCUUCCAACGCGUCCGUUCCGCGGUUCCUCUUCAUCUCACCCUCCGCCUCCUACCGCGACCACCCGCGCGGACCCCCUUCCCCGCCCUCCCCCUCCGCCACCGCAGCCUUUCCGCGCUUCUCCCCUUCCCGCUUCUCCCCCGCCCGCUCCAUCGGUGCGCGCCGGUUGCGCUGUCUGUCCGCGCGGGGGAAUGGCGCGGGGGAAGAGGAGCAUGCGGAUGAGUACGGGGGGAGCGACGAGUCCGGGGACGACGGCGGAAGCAUGGGGGGAGGGGAUGACUUGCGGAGAGACGGGGGAGAUGCGGAAUAUGCGGACUAUUAUGCAAGUGGGCGGGUUAAUUCGCACCCGUUAGAAUCACACCGCACGCCUAGUCACUCCCCGGGCUUCAGUAUACCUUCCGCGCAGCAAGCGCGCAGCAGCAAAUCGGUAGGCGACACGUCAGCAGAACGGGAGGGCUCCGACGAAUAUAACCAGCCCAGUCGAGACGACGAUGAUCCCGAACGAGAAGCGGAGGCUCGGGAAGCAGCAGGGUUGGGUUUGGGGGACGAGGAGUGGCUGGGUGUGUCGGGGCAUAGGGGAGACGGCAGCGGGGGAGACGGAAGGGGGGGCGGCGGCAGCAGGGGAGGCGGAAGCGGGGGGGGCGGAAGCGGGGGAGGCGGAGGAGCGCGGGGGGCGCUGGAGGUGGCGAUGGAGAGCCGGUCGCUGGCGAACCAGCUGCUGCGCGCCGAUGAGGAGGGCCGCCUCCGCUGCAAGCUUGCAGCGCAGCGGUGGCCCCAGGACGCUGAUGUCUUUCAAAAGAUUGACGAGUACUACUAUAAGGGCACACUACUGGAGUCGGACGUCAGAGCCGUCACCUCGCCUUCUGCCCUCCAGGUAUCCCACGCACAACGCCUUCCUCUUUCACCGCACACCUCCUACCUGCCUCACCCUACACCGCCUCCUUCCCUCGCCCCACGCCUCCCAUGCCCUCUAUCCACUCUCUCGCCCCUCGUCCUUCGCUGUCACAAAUUCUCACUCCCACACCGCCCCUCUCUGCAGUAG